UUGACUGUCAGUCGAUGGUAUUUCAACUGAAUUUCUAUUCUAAAACUGUCAUUGUAUUCUCAAUAUUUCUGUGAUUGUAUGCGUUACAACUACGAAAAUUCUAAUGUGAGAGAGUCUUAUGCGUGACAAAUACGAGCAACAUUCGAGUGUGAAAUAAUAAAACACGGAAACAUUCAUUUUAUUCUAUAAAAAUUUAAACAGUGAAUUGUUGAAAUAAACUCUUGGUGCGGAUAUUAGGUGAUUCCAUCAUGAGUGCUCUGAUUCGAUUUUCUCACGUUUUUAGCAAAAAUGCUAAAUCAAUGAUCAAUGCUAGUGCAAUCGGUGCCAAGAGUUUACAUUAUUCUGCUGGUCAACACAAUGCAAAAGUUUCAAAUGAUGCCAUUUCCAAGGAGUAUAAAGUUGUUGACCAUGCUUUUGAUGCAAUCGUUGUUGGUGCUGGCGGUGCCGGUUUGAGAGCUGCUUUUGGAUUGGUUGCUGAAGGCUUUAAAACUGCCGUCAUCACGAAAUUGUUCCCAACUCGUUCACACACAAUUGCUGCUCAGGGUGGUAUAAAUGCUGCAUUGGGUAAUAUGGAACCAGAUGAUUGGAAAUUUCAUUGUUAUGAUACAGUGAAAGGAUCCGAUUGGCUUGGCGAUCAAGAUGCCAUUCAUUAUAUGACCCGUGAAGCACCAAAGGCUGUCAUCGAAUUGGAGAACUAUGGUAUGCCAUUUUCACGUACGAAAGAAGGUAAAAUUUAUCAACGUGCAUUCGGUGGUCAGAGUUACAAUUAUGGUAAAGGUGGACAAGCACAUAGAUGCUGUGCUGUGGCUGACAGAACUGGACACUCGCUCUUGCAUACAUUGUACGGUCAAUCAUUGAACUACGACUGUCACUAUUUCAUUGAAUAUUUCGCUCUCGAUUUAUUGAUGGAAAAUGGUAAAUGUGUUGGUGUCAUUGCUAUCUGUCUUGAAGAUGGAUCAAUUCAUCGAUUCCGAGCAAACAGCACAGUUUUGGCGACAGGCGGCUAUGGUCGUGCAUAUUUCUCAUGUACAUCAGCUCACACCUGUACUGGUGACGGAACAGCCAUGGUUGCUCGACAAAAUUUGCCAUGCGAAGAUCUGGAGUUCGUGCAAUUCCAUCCGACUGGAAUCUAUGGGGCUGGAUGUUUAAUAACUGAAGGUUGCCGCGGUGAAGGUGGUUACUUAGUCAAUGCAAAAGGUGAACGUUUCAUGGAACGAUAUGCACCAGUUGCUAAAGAUUUGGCAUCACGUGACGUUGUUUCGCGUGCAAUGACAUUGGAAAUUCGUGAUGGUCGUGGCGUUGGACCACUUGCCGAUCAUGUACAUUUGCAAUUGCAUCACUUACCUGCUGAACAAUUGGCACAACGUUUGCCCGGCAUCUCAGAAACAGCUAUGAUUUUUGCCGGUGUUGAUGUGACACGUGAACCAAUUCCAGUUUUACCAACUGUACAUUAUAAUAUGGGUGGUGUGCCGACAAAUUGGAGAGGUGAAUGUUUAACCACUGAUAACAAGGGAAACGAUGUUAUUAUUGAGGGUUUGUAUGCGGCCGGUGAGGCUGGUUGUUCCUCGGUGCAUGGUGCUAAUCGAUUGGGUGCCAAUUCAUUGCUCGAUUUGGUUGUAUUUGGACGUGGUUGUGCUAAAACAAUUGCAGCUAAACAUAGGCCAGGAGAAAAAGUACCUGAACUACCUGACAACGCUGGUGAAUCUUCUGUGGACAAUUUGGAUCAUUUGUUGCACAAAACUGGUACCGUUUCAACGGCUGAAUUGCGUUUGAAAAUGCAACGAACGAUGCAAGCGCAUGCUGCUGUAUUCCGUGAUGGGCCUGUACUUCAAGAGGGAUGCAAGAAAAUGUCCGAAGUUUUCAAAGAAUUUGCUGACGUUAAAGUUACCGACAAAUCGCUCGUCUGGAAUUCAGAUUUAAUUGAAACAUUAGAAUUACAAAAUCUUUUGCUAAAUGCUUUAAUGACUAUAUACAGUGCUGAAAAUCGUAAAGAAUCUCGUGGCGCACACGCUCGUGAAGAUUUUAAGAUACGUAUAGAUGAAUACGACUAUUCGAAACCACUUGAAGGUCAACAAAAGAAACCGGUCGAAGAACAUUGGCGCAAACACACACUUUCCUGGAUUAAUGAGUCAGGAGAUGUUAACAUUAAAUAUAGGCCAGUUAUCGAUAAGACACUCGACGAUGAAAUGCACACGGUGCCGCCAGCCAUUCGUUCUUACUAAAACAAUUGAAUCGAAAUUUUAUUUGCCGCUAAUGUACUUUUGAUCUUUUCCAUUUUCUUUGAUAUUGUUUUCUUUACAAACCAAUAUGAAAACUGCAUCACAUUUUCUAGAGAACUAGUGACCAAUUGGUUUUACUUUUCGAGAAAAAAAAUUGUGUCCAAUAAAUAGCGAAACUCGUUUCCAACUGCAUCAAA